GUCUGGCGGCGGCGGCCGCGGCGAGCGGAGCUCCGGGCCCGCCAUGGCCGCGGGGGCCCUCACGGCCUCGGGGCCCGCCACGGCCGCGCUGCCGCCUCUCCUGGACCGCCCUCCCGGCGGAGCCGGCACCGAGCGCGCCCUGGAGGAAGCGGCGGCCUCCGGCACCCUCAUCCUGGCCGGGCGGAGGCUCCGCGCCUUCCCCGCGGCGGCCGCGCGGCGCUGGGACCUGAGCGACACCACGCAGGCCGAUCUAUCCCGGAACCGUUUCGGGGAGGUCCCCGAGGCCGCCUGCCACCUCUUCUCGCUGGAGGGGCUCAUCCUGCACCACAACUGCCUGCGCAGCGUCCCCCCUGCCAUCGCCAACCUCCAGGCCCUGUCCCACCUGGACCUCAGCCGGAACCAGCUGAGCUCGCUGCCCCCCUGCCUGUGCCUGCUGCCCCUGCGCGUCCUCAACGCCAGCAACAACCGCCUGGCUCAGCUGCCCCCGAACCUGGGGGCCCUGCGGACGCUGCGGCAGCUGGACGUGGGGUGUAACCGGCUGCGGGCGCUGCCCCCCGGGCUGGGGCAGCUGCGGGCGCUGCGGGACCUCAACCUGCGGCGGAACCAACUCACGGCGCUGCCCCCGGAGCUCUCCGAGCUGCCCCUGGUCCGCCUGGAUUUCUCCUGUAACCGGGUGGUCGCCAUCCCGCGCUGCUUCCGCAGGCUCCGGCACCUCCAAACCCUCCUGGCCGACAACAACCCCCUCCAGUUCCCCCCAGCCCAGGUUUGCCUGAAGGGCAAAGUUCACAUCUUCAAAUACCUGCACUUGGAGCCCGAGGCUGCCGCCCACCCUCCCCCGGCGUGCCCCCCAGACGAGCUGUGCCCCCUCAGGCAGCGGGGAGGGCUCGACUCCGGCUUCCACAGCGUGGACAGCGGCAGCAAGCGCUGGUCGGGGAACGAGUCCACGGACGAGUUUUCGGAGCUGCCCCCCCAGCUCAGGGAGAGUCGCAGCAGGGCAGGUGGUGACAGCGACCCGGAGCUGGUGGAGGAGGAGCCCCCGCCUGAGGUGACGACCCCCAAACCCCCACCCAUUCCCAAAUUUUGGGGUUCAAUCCCAAACCUUGGACCCCCCAAACCCUCUUUUACCCUCCAGGAGCAGCAGGGCCGGACCCCGAGAGGUGACACCCCCGAGAGUGGCAGGGUGGUCCCCGUGUCCCGGAGGCGCCCCCAGAACCUGGAGGUGUGGAGGGAGAGGGAGAGGAACCGAGACAGGACCCCGAUGGAGCCCCCGACCCCCAAAACCCGGUACCUCCCUCUCCUCCCUCCUCCUCCUCCUCCUCCUCCCACAGCGUCACCAAACCAGCCCCCGGCCCCCGACGAGCGGGAAUUGAUGGCUGAGAUGCGCCAGAGCCUGGAGGCGCUGCUGCAGCUGCGGCUGCCGGAGGAUUUGGGGGACUCGGAGCUGCUGGGCCGCGUGGCUGCUCGGCUGAGACCCUGGGCUGUGCCCCCCAAAGUGAGUGGGACCCCCCCUUCCCCUCCCCAGAGCCCCCAUCCCAUCCCCCAACCCGGGGUCCCUGAGGUGAAGCCCCCAACCCCCAGCGCCCCCGGGCUGCUCUUCGCCCUCUUCUACGGCCUCCUCAUGGCGCUGCUCGUCGCUGCUCACCGCGCGCUCUUCGGCUGCUGAGGGACCCCCCAGAGCCCCCCAAAACCCUGGGGGGACCCCCAAAUUCUGGGGGAACCCCCAAACCCCCCGGGGGGAACCCCCCUUUCCAAGCUUCCCACCCCCACCCUUCUUUCUUGUGCCUUAACGCUGGGGGAAACUGAGGCAGGGAAGGGGUGGGGGGGGGAAGGGGUGACCUCCCCCCUUUAAUUAUUAUUAUUAUUAUAAUUAAUUAUAAUGAGUUGUGAUUAUUAUAAACUAUUAUUAUUAUAAACUAUUAUUAUUAUUAUAAUUCUAAUGAGCCAUUACUGUAAUGAGUUAUA